GACCGAUAACCAAUUUACCCCACCGUAACUUGCAUAAAGUUUAUUCUCUUGACCUUUGACCCUGAACUUAUGCAUAACUAACCUACUUAAGGAAAACUCCUUUAAUCAGUGGUCUAAAACCAGACAGAAAAACUCCCAAAGCUUAUUCUAUAAAUAUUUCUACCCUAUUUCCUCCUUGCAUUGAUUGCAUUAUCGACGAGCCUUCGAUUAUUGAUUUAUCAACAAAAGUUCAAUAACUCAAUUUACUCAAUCACAUAACCGAAGUGAGACAUACGUGGUUGGUUUUAUUACUUCUGCUGCUGGUUGGCCGACUCUUAUUUCCGAUAACAAAUUGUCACCGGUUUCCACAGACCUUCCACAUAAUUCUGAGCUCAAUACCAAUUUCCUUCCUGACUAAAAUAGUCGAUUUGUAAUAGUCUCGAUCAAAUCCGUAUCACUGAUUAAUUUUCAAAAGACGAAAAUGUACAAGGCUUCGCCCCCACUUAAGGAUCUAGGGCUGCUAAACCCUAGUCGAGCGGCUUUCUUUAUGUGUGAUAUGCAAGAAAAAUUUCGACCAGCGAUGAUCCAUUUUGAUGAAAUCGUGUCCGUCGCCAAAAAAAUGGUGGAAGUUUCAAAAGUCAUGUCGAUCCCGUUAGUCGUGACGGAGCAGUAUCCACGCGGAUUGGGAAAAACUGUUCCAGACAUCGACAUUUCGAAAGCACUUAUCGUCGUUUCUAAGACUCGGUUCAGCAUGCUUGUGCCAGAUGUGGAGCGGCUUCUUCAUUCACUCUGUGACGGAAUUUUGGAAUCUGUCGUCCUAUUUGGGAUAGAGACCCACAUUUGCGUCGAGCAGACGGCAAUCGAGUUGUUAUCCAGGAAUCUCAAAGUUCAUAUAAUUGCGGAUGCAUGUACUUCGAGGAAUAAUGCGGACAGACUUCUUGCCUUGGAUAGGCUGAGACAAAUCGGAUGUUUUGUAACUACCAGCGAGACUGUGAUCUUCAAAAUUCUUCAAGACAAGGACAAUCCGAAGUUUGCGGAAAUAAGACACUUGGUUAAAGAACCGUCGCCAUACACUGGACUCUUUCCAGGCUCAUAUGCAAAAAUGUAAUAUGUCCCAUGUAAGAAUAUAAGUGAGGCAGAGAUGCACAUGUAUUUUAUUGUGAAAAUGUAUGCCAAAAACAACUAUUAUGAAGACCUUUUGUGUUAAAUUGGGUGAUGUGAAAUAUGUGAAUUGAUGAUGAUGAUGAAAAAAAUGAAUGGUGAAUAUUACUAAAUACUAUUAAGCUAUUAUAUUUAAGAAAAAACAUGAUGCCGUUAUAUUAUUCUGUUGAACUGGUAUUCAAAGCGCAACAAAUUCGAAAAAAAUCAAGACAAAUUGCAAUAAUAAUGAUGUAUGCAACAGCAAUUAGCGUAUAAAUUAAUGUGUGUAUCUCGCGUAGUACGAAAUGAUAGCCUUGAGAGGAAUAUGCAAAUGCAACGGGAAAACGAAAUAGCAAAGCAAUAGAAAGAAAAAAUGUAAAUUAAAAUUACUGCAUAAUGUGUCUAAUCAAAAAGCAAAUAACUUUAUAUAUAGAAAAGGGGUUGUAAUGUAUAAGAAAGUCUGUGAAAACAAGGCGAUAAUAUGUAUGUAUAUGGAUAAUGAAUAAUGAUUUAUCAAAAAUACAAGUCUCUGUGAGGCUUUCUCAUUUUCAUGAAUAAAUCUGAAUUAUGUAUUUCAAGCAGAAA